AUGAGUUCCUCAAAAAACCUUGUCAAGGUCACCUGGCCUGUACCCAGAGUGGCAUUAGUGACAAUUAACUCGCCCUCCAACAGGAACGCUUUAUCCCAGCAUCUGAUUAGGGAAAUUUGCAGCACCCUCGAGGACCUGGACCGCAAAGAAACCACCGCAGCAGUCAUUCUUGCCGGCAGCGACAGCCCGCAUGUGUGCUUUUCAGCCGGGUUUGACGUGACGGAACUUGCAAGUCUCCCGUCGGUCCAAGUGACUCAAAGUCUAAAGCUGCUGGUAUCGACUCUCGAACAAGGCAUCUCGGCCCCGCUCAUAGCCGCAGUGGGCGGUAUCGCCGUGGGCGGAGGCUGCGAGCUUGCUUUGGCUUGCGAAAUAAUCUAUACGACCACAGAUGCGCGCUUCGCCCUCCCCGAGGUCCAGCUUGGGGUCAUGGCCGCGGGUGGCGGGAUACGCCGGCUUCCGGAUGCCGUUGGCGCGGGGAGGGCGGCCGAGUUGUUGCUAACUGGCCGGGCUUGGUCCGGUAGCGAUGCCGUGGCGUGGGGCAUGGCUGCCAAAUCAUUCGAAACUUGGGAUGAAUGCCUCCAGACCAUCGUGGAGAAUUCUCCCGAGGCUGUUAGAGUUACAAAGAAACUAUUCCGCAGCGCCAGAAAGACUUCCCCUCCCGAGCUCCUUAGCAUUGAGCUCCAGGAGUUUCAAAACCUUCUUGACAGCCAAGAGCAUAUUCGUAGAAGAACCGCGUGGCUCAACAGGAAGAAGUAG